CUGUGUUAAAAGUGGUUGUGUUUUUUCACUACCGUGGCGCGUGGUUUUUAGCUUUGUGUUUCGGACGUGCAACUCGAUACAAAAUGGGCGAAGAAAUAUUGCAAUGCCCACAAUUUGUCAAAGAUGUCAAUGAGAUUAACAAAAUUGCCAGCAGCGUGGUACAAUUAUGUAUCAAUGAAGCCAAAACGGGAAUGCUGAAACUACCUGUAACUGACAAAAGCAGAGCUAAUGCUUACACUGGAACCAUUAUUCCAGCAGAGAAAAUACCCCAACCCACAUUUCCAUUAUCUUCAGAUGCCUUCUACAUACGGCCAUUAAUUCAAAAAACCUUCACUAACAUGGUUUUGAAAAACAGAUUGCUGCCUUCGCUCAAUCUAUUACAUAAAGAAAUUGGCAGUACUGCAUUGACAAUGGCAUGUAUGAAGGACCUUGGCUACGAGUGGCAGAAACUACCAAACAACAACCACGCAUUCAUCGUUGAAAAACCUAACUUUAUACAAGCCAAACAUCGCUACCUGAGGAAAAUCCAACAGUAUAGGUCGGACAAGCGAGGUAUUGUUUACGUCAUCAGAAUCACGGGACAGACAAUCAAUGGUCGACAACCACAGCUAUUCGAACAACACAGAAACUUAUUGCUUGAGCAAAAUAAAGUGGUAUACAGUGCUUUCUCGCCUCAAUAUGGUUUACUUCAUGAAACAGUUGGAUCUUUGAGUGACGGUACAGAAGGCAGCAAAGGUUUUCAAGACUGGGUUUUUAAGCAAGUGGUUCCUAUAGUUCCAGAGAACAGCAUUCUAGUUAUUCCAAAGCUAGUCGGCCUAGAGAAAGAACACAAGGACAUCAUCAACAGUUUGAGCACCAGAAAAGAUAUGAUGGCUUGCCUAGAGAAAAACCAUAUACCUUAUGAUAAAUUUAUGCAUAAAAGUCACCUGUUUGAUCUAGUAACUAAACACGAACUGGACAAAGAACCUAGAAGCCAGUUAGAGAUUAAAUUAGAAGCGAAAGACAUCGAUUAUUUGUUCCGGCCCGUAUGGAUGUCGGACUUUUGUUAUUCAUAUGAACUCUUCAAUGGUAUCAGCAACAUAAAUGAGAAACUGGUAGAAUUGGUAACAUCGGAUGCACUCAGUCUAGCGGGUAAUUUCUUUUCUAAUAUAUUGAGUGGACUUGAGAAGACAUAUUGGAAAAUUACUGAAGAAAAGUUAGCUACGAAAGAAGAGGAUUGUCUCAAAGACGACGCUUUGGUUGAAGAUAUUUUAGACCAGGUUAUAGCUAUGGCUAUGGAUGAAGAGAUCUUAGAUACAGACAUUAUUUCUAACGAACUUGAUCUAUACGAAUCGUCGGAUGAGAAGUAACUUUCGAUCUU